GCACGCUGGGAGUACUGGCUCUACUCUGCGGAGGGACCCUGGAAGGCAGCUUGUGUAACAAGAGACCAGGGCCGAUUUUUAAAGAUUUGCGAUAUGGGGAAUUCAUAUAAAAGGUUAAACCGAAGAUUAGUGCUUUCCAUACAGAGAUAAGAAGUCUUCCGGAACACCGCGGGUACAGGUACUAGACGACACAUAUCUUAAGUGGGUCGCUCUAAGGACUAAUGCCCAAACCAUCUCAGCAUGGCCUACCGAGGAGGAGGCGAGCACGGCCAUCCUCACUCAGCUGCGCUCAAUGUUAGCCCUGGAAGUCUUCCCACAUGUCGAACCCACGCCCAUUCGAUAUGCAUGGUGUCGGACUUUUUCUACCCGAAUAUGGGAGGCGUGGAAAGCCACAUUUACCAGCUCUCUCAGUGCCUGAUUGAAAGAGGACACAAGGUCAUAAUUGUCACCCAUGCUUACGGAAAUCGAAAAGGCAUCCGUUACCUCACUAAUGGCCUCAAAGUCUAUUACUUGCCUCUGAAAGUCAUGUACAACCAAUCUACAGCCACGACCCUAUUUCACAGUCUGCCAUUGCUCAGGUACAUAUUUGUUCGCGAGAGAGUCACGAUAAUCCACUCACAUAGUUCCUUUUCUGCCAUGGCCCACGAUGCCCUCUUCCACGCCAAGACAAUGGGGCUCCAGACAGUCUUCACGGACCAUUCCCUUUUUGGAUUUGCUGAUGUCAGCUCGGUGCUUACAAACAAGCUUCUAACUGUGUCUCUUUGUGACACAAACCACAUAAUUUGUGUCUCUUACACUAGUAAGGAAAACACUGUGCUAAGAGCAGCACUGAAUCCUGAAAUAGUGUCCGUCAUUCCUAAUGCCGUAGACCCUACUGACUUCACUCCAGACCCAUUUAGAAGGCAUGAUAGUAUAAUAACCAUUGUUGUUGUCAGCAGACUUGUUUACAGAAAAGGGACCGAUUUGCUUAGUGGUAUAAUACCUGAACUUUGUCAGAAAUACCCAGAUUUAAAUUUCAUAAUCGGAGGAGAGGGACCAAAGAGAAUCAUUUUGGAAGAAGUACGGGAAAGAUACCAGCUGCAUGACAGAGUGCGUCUCUUGGGAGCCUUAGAACACAAGGAUGUUCGAAAUGUCUUAGUCCAAGGACAUAUUUUUCUUAAUACUUCCCUUACCGAAGCAUUCUGCAUGGCAAUUGUGGAGGCAGCCAGUUGUGGUUUACAGGUUGUAAGUACCAGGGUUGGUGGGAUUCCUGAAGUCCUUCCAGAAAAUCUUAUUAUUUUAUGCGAGCCUUCUGUAAAAUCUUUGUGCGAGGGAUUGGAAAAAGCUAUUUCCCAACUGAAGUCAGGAACAUUGCCGGCCCCAGAAAAUGUCCAUAACAUAGUGAAGACUUUCUACACCUGGAGGAAUGUUGCCGAAAGAACCGAAAAAGUGUACGACCGUGUGGCGGGAGAAGCUGUGUUGCCGAUGGAAAGACGACUGGACAGACUCAUGUCUCACUGUGGCCCGGUAACAGGCUGCAUCUUUGCUUUGUUGGCCGUGUUCAACUUCCUCUUCCUCAUUUUCCUGAGAUGGAUGACUCCAGAUUCUUUCAUUGAUGUGGCAGUGGAUGCCACGGGGCCAAAGGGUGCCUGGACUUAUCCUCACCCUUACGGUAGAAAACAGGGUGACAAUAAUGAGGUGUCUCAAGUCAGGUAGAAGAAAACCUGCAUUGGAAGAUUUUCAAUAUUUGUAAUAGUUCUAUUAAGACUAUUGACAACAAGCUUGCUCUUUUUCUUUUUUUUAAAGUUAGUUUAGUAAGUUAUGCUACCUCUAUAUCAUUCAAUGUUUUAUUUUGAGCAAAGAUAAAAACUUAUGCAAUUCCUGAGUGUAGAAACUCCUUGCACUUAUUUCAAAUUUAGGAGAGAACAUUUAAGCCACUCAGGUAUGACAGUUUUCAGACUACUGAAAUUCCUCUAACAGACAUGUUUUCACACAUUAUAUUUUGGGAGCUUUGGGUGCUGAAGGGCCAAAUGUUUUCUGGACAUUUUUUUGGGCCAACUUUAAAUGUUCUACCAUUAACUAGAUAGUCACCAGAUGUUUACAAGUUUUCUUUAGGGAAAUACAACAACUCUAUGAACUCUUUUAAGUCAUGUUCUUAACACAUUUAUUAGACGUUUAAGUCAUAUUUUUGAACAUUUAUCGGGUAUGCUCAGUAUUGUGUAUAAUCAGCAGGUUUCUUGAGUAAAAAGGUCCAUCUGUUACCAGCAUGUUUUAAGCAGCUACUACGUGUAGAACAUUGAACUAGAUACUUCCUGCCGUGAAGGACCAGGGCGCAUUCGCUGUUUAUCACUCGAAUGGCUCACUUUAUUGUGGUCACAGUUGACAUGAAAUGGUGAAAUAUCCAACAUGCCAAAAAUGCUCAGGCUUUUAAUGCCAGGAAAAUAAUUGCUGGCAUGCUCCGAGUAUCUCUUCGAUUCCGUUGUAUGCAUUCUCCUGGGUAGAGCCUCCAUCUUCAGUUGUGUUGAUGAAAAUGCUUUUUUAGUUACUAGGGACCGAUAUCACUGUUGAUGAGAGUGCAGAGAGAAACCCUCCACAUCUUUCAGUGUAUAAUUUAGUCCUCUGUAAAUGCCUUCGUGUUUUCCAAGCAGAAUGUGUGAGGUGUGCCAUCUCAAACUCAGCUGCUACCCUGUACCUUUGAGAAAAAUCACUUCCCUUCACUUGUGGCCUAGCCGAUGCCUGAUAAGUAUUGUCAGUGUAGAAAAGUCUUUACCCCAGAAUGUUUAAUUUAUAGUGAAUCGAGUGUGAACAUUUUAGGAACACAAGUCUCUUUGUGGAUGGGUGUGUUGUUAGCUGUACUUCUUGUUGCCCAGAGCCAUGGGUUUUUAAACCCCAAAUUAUCCACAUGGUGUGUCUUAUUAUGAAACUCCUUAGAAUACGUUUUUCUGAUAAAGGAUGGAAAUGAAAAGAAUGAGGCACAUGUGGAUGCACUAGGUAGAGUCUGGCAGUAUUGUGAUUCUGUACAGGAUUUUUUUUAAAUGACAAUAUUUACAAAACUCCUUUUUGAAAAAUAUCUUAACAUUGCCUAUUAACCUGUUGCCACUGAUAUAUAAGAAAUGUAUUUGUGUUUCUUACUAAAACACAAAUGGAAGAGUGCAGUUUUUAAAAUUUAGAAGUUAGGGAUUCUCUAAAGAAAAGUAGACUGAUCCAAAACAUUAGAUCUUAUUGGGAUUUUUAUGCAAAGAAGCUGACAUAUAAAUAUGGAAUGAACAGUGCCAAUAUUCAUGAUAAAGUGAGAACUGUAACAUUUGGUUUUAUUUAUUCAGCAGUUUUUAUAGGUAUACUACUGUUUUUUCUUAGAUUUUUUGUUUCUUGGCAUUUUUUCAAAAUUGUCAUUUAAUUACUAAAUUGUCAUUUAUUUUGGAUGGAGAUAAGAUUUAAAGUUUUUGCAUGUAAAAUGUGUAACUCGCAAAUUAUUUUCCCUUUUUUUUUUUUUUUUUUUUUUUAGCAAAUGGAAGUAAAUUUGCUUGUUCUAGUAAAUGUUAAUUUUCAGGUUUCCCAGAUACCUUAAUCGUAACGAUCAGUAUUGCACUGGCCAAUAUGUGCAAACAUAUUGUUCUACUCUGCUACUUACGUUUAUUUAAAAGUGAACUUGCGGUUAUGAAGAAUUUAUGAAAAAUGUAUUUCUUUUGAUGUUACAAAAAGUAGCACGUGUAAAACUGUUUUAUGAAAACAAGCUACGUGUCCAAAAAUAAAGACCAAAAUGACGUUUUGACAA